ACUAGAAACUCCUUCUCUCUCCGGUCGACCACUUUGGAGCGUACACAUCCGCUUUAGAGGGAGUAAAAUGUUGAUUGGUGUCGCGGUUCCUUCUAGUCGGUGGAACACACAAUCGCGGACGUCCCAUCAGUCUGGGAAAGCCAGUGUUGUCGUCGUGUUGGCUCGUCGUGAAGCUCGCGACCAACCGAGCCGGAAGAAUUGAGUUUCCAGUGUCGCCACGCCAGAACCAUUCCAGAUGGCAAUGUGCCAGUGAGUGGAGGAAAGAUAAUCCACUGCACCUUUGUAGCCGCCACCUUCUGGGCACUAUUUUUAAUCAAUCGACAGAAUCUGGACUUGCCGGAUUGUUGUGUAAGCGAAAUGUUUACGUUGCGGAUAGGUUCAGCCUACAAAGUGUUGCUGAUUUUGGUGCUAGUGGUUGCCGUUAGCAUUGGGCCCAAUGCAGUGCAAGGUGGAGCCGUCGGAUUGCGGGAAAAGCUUAGCGCAUACGAACAGUUCCGCUUCCGGCGCCAGAUCGAGGAAAGUGAAAACAACGGCCUGUACGAUGCGACCGAUUCCGUGAUCUCUCUUACGGCGGCCAACCUUAAGGAGCGAGUCUUCAACCAGCCACACGCUUCGUUGGUCGAGUUCUACAACUCGUACUGUGGCUUUUGCCGCCGCUUCGCCCCCAUCUGGAAGCAGCUGGCCGUGGACAUCCUUGGCUGGCAGAAGCUGGUCCGCGUAACGGCGCUGGACUGCUCGCGCGACGAAAAUAAUGCAAUCUGCCGAGAGUUCGAGGUGAUGGCCUACCCGACCAUUCGGUUUUUCUCCCCGCACUACGCCGACGGCGAGCACAAGAUAGGAGAACCACUUAAAGAACACGACGGACAACGCAUCAUCGAUCGAUUGGUCGAUUUUAUGCAGCAUGUGGAGAAUAAGCCAAGCAACUGGCCAAACCUGACCACUAUCAAUCGUACGGAUGAUAAAGCGGCACUUUUCGAGCUCGGUACUCCUGGCAGUGCGAGGCCAAAGUAUGUCUACCUCAUCAGCGAAAAAGAUGCCAAUGCAACGGUCGGUAUGCAGGCGAUACUGGACUUUCACGACACUCCAGCUGCGGUCGUGUAUCGGAUGCACGACCCCUCCGCAUCAACCAAUGGGCUGUCCGUCAUUGAUGGGUCCUCCCUGAGCGUCAUUAGUUUGCCGAUCGAUGAGUACAGCAGGGAGAAAAUACGUGAGGCAAUCCGGACGCACCUGGGACAGCAUCACAUCCUCGUGACGGACGUAUCGACCAAGUCUACGGCGAAAAAGUCGGGCGAUGGUUCGGCCACGACUGAGCAGAACAUUUCCGCCCUGAUGGAGCAAAAGCAGGAGGCAGCCAUCAGGGCGAAAGUGAAGGAACUCGGACCGGCUGUCGUCUACCAGGCUGAUCUGGAGGAAGCGGUCCGUUUUGCCCUAUUCCACGAAAUCGCACGCUUUAAGACGAUCGAUGGCGAGCGGCUCGUAGCGUUGCGCAAUCUACUCAACGUGCUGGUGCGCUACUUUCCGUUCAACGAUAAUGGUCGUCGAUUUCUGACUGAGGUUCGUCAGUACGUGUUGAAUGCUGGCGAGCAGAGUCUGGACGGGGAAGCGUUCGUGCAGCGCGUGAAAGCCCUCGAAAACGAACGGAAGCCCGUCUUCUCGUCGAACCACUGGAUUGGAUGUUCCGGAUCAAGGGAAGGCCUCAGGCGGUACCCGUGCGGGCUUUGGACACUUUUCCACUACCUUACGGUGCAGGCUGCCGAAAGUGAUCUUUCAAACAAUCCUCAGGAAGUGUUGGAAGCGAUGCACGGAUAUAUUAAGAACUAUUUCGGUUGUUCCGAGUGCUCGCAGCAUUUCCAGCAAAUGGCCGAAAAGAACCGUAUCUGGCAGGUGUCUACAAAAGAGGACGCCAUCCUGUGGCUGUGGUCGAGCCACAAUGAAGUGAACAAGCGGUUGGCGGGUGAUGCGACUGAAGACCCCGAACACCCAAAGGUGCAGUUUCCGUCCCCCGGAGAUUGUGCACCUUGCCGGCAAAAAAUCCUGACCAACCACCACAACCACCAGCAAUACACCAUUGAGGGUGGAACCGAGUGGAACCUGAUGGAGGUACUGGGCUACCUGAAGCAUAUGUACGCCUACGAUCGCCGGAAUCUGUUCGGUCUGCACGACAGCAGUCUGGUACCGCAGGGCGCCGAAGGACGAUCGGAGUGGGGAGGGGCGGCGGCCGUCGGCGCUCAGACGGGUUACCAUUCGUACGGGAACGUGCUCAGUGAAAUCGACAUUCGAUUCAGUGCGCUGCUGUACGUUACAUGUAUCAUAAUGAUCGUAAUCGCAAUCAAGAUGGUGGUCAAACGUGGCUAUCGCAAGAAGAUGUACCCUCAUGAUAUUCUGGGUAAAGUGUAGGCUGUGCUCGUUACUCCAUCUUGCGAAUUCAAUUCAGGUUCAAUCUUGCCAACACCAACUACAUCCAGGACAACACAUUCCAGAGAUUUGCUCAAAGCGAAUGUGCGCUUCAGUUACUUGACGAUUUCAAUUUUAUCCAUAUGUGAUCCACGAUUGGCGGCUUUCGGGGGGUAGCGGGGAAGGUUUAUCCAAAUAGUCAGGCCUGGAGAGUUCGUACAAUGGUCAUCUUCGUUAUGUCGCUAGAGAUUUUUUAGAUGUGAAUUACUCCGGCGAACGGGAAACAUAUCCUGUGGUAAGAUUCUCUGACACAAUAAAUUUAUCUCACGAAGA